AUGUCUGAAGUUGACGCUCUUGUUGUUUCAUUCAUUGCUAAUGUUAAUGUGAACGAUGAACGGUCAAAUGAUAUUGCAAUUAAAUUGACAGAUUUGAUUCAAAAUAAAAAAAUUAAAUUAUUACAAAUUAUUGUAGCAUUAAAGGAUAGGUUCGUUUCUGAAGAUGAAAGAGAAAGAAUUAAAGCUUUGAAAUGUUUAUCAUGUGUUCUAUGUAAUAUUGAACCUCAAUUAUUAUUAAAGAAUGAUAUUUCUGUAUUAAUUAACUUUUACAUGUCAAAAAUUACAGAUAAACCAUUGAUGCUAGAAUGUCUGAUGGGAUUAGAUGCUCUUAUGACAAUGAAAUAUAUUACAAUUGAUCAAACUAUAACAGUAAUGCUGUUUUUACAAAAGGACUAUGUUUCAAAAGAUUUUUUAGCCGCCGUAAGAAAUUAUCCAUUUUCUAUAUUACAAAAUAUUUUCGAUAGAUGGGAAACUUUAUUGAAUAAUAAAGACAAAGAUAAUUCCAAUAAAAAUUUGAUAAUCUUAUUCAUUCAAACGUAUAUUACUAUUGCAUCUGGAGAAAAAGAUCCAAGAAAUUUGUUAAUUUCUUUCCAAUUAAAUAAGUUAAUCACUACGAAUUUCAAGUCCGAAUCUAUUCAAUUUGCCCAAGCUCUAUUCGAUAUUCUAUUUUCAUAUUUCCCAAUCACUUUCAAGCCUCCAAAGGAUGAUCCAUAUAAGAUCUCUAAUGCUGAUUUGAAACUUGCAUUAAGAUCUGCAAUUUCUGCAUCUGACAUAUUUGCAGAGGAUGCAUUCAGCAAUCUGAUUGAUAAAUUAGGUGCUACUUCACCCGCCAUUAAAAAUGAUACUUUAUUAACUUUAUUGACAUGUAUUAAUAAGUUUGGUGGUAAAGCUUGUAUUGAAUUUUGGUUACAAAUGUGGAACGCUUUGAAAUUUGAAAUUAUGCAUAGUGGAGAUGGCUCUGAGGCGACUUAUUUAGAUCCUAUUGCUCAAAAUGAUGAUAAAAUAGAACAAAAUGGUUCAUCUGUAUCUAAUAUUCAAAGUAAUUAUCAAUUAUCAUUAGAUGUUUUAAGGGCUUUAGCUAAUCAAUUAAUUGCAUUGGAUGAAAUUGCAUUCAAUAAAUAUGUCAAUCAUAUCUUGGAAGAAUUGAAACCAAAUUUUGAAUUUACAAAGGAUUUAAGACAAAGUUGUAGUAUUAUGGCUGCAAUUGGUAGUGCCAAUUUAGUUGCUUUUAAUAAAGUUAUAGAUUUAACUUUACCUUUAUUUUUAGAGAAUACAACUGAGAUAUCUAAAUUGAAAUUGAUGUUAUUGAAUUUAUCCUUCUUUUUAGACUCUUAUAUUAAAGUUACAAAGUCUUUCAAUGGUAAUGAAACGGAAUUGAAUGAAUUUAUUAAAUUAAACCAUUUGAAUGAUUCCAAAGAUGAAAUUUUAAUGAUCUUGGGGAUGGCUUUAACUGGUAACUCUAAGAUCGAAGUCACCGUAAGAACAUUAUCAGUAAUUCAAUUCACAAAGAUGAUUAAAAUGGAAGGUUAUCUAACUAAAGAGGAGAUUUCCCUGAUUAUCCAAUAUAUCACCGAAACUAUAUUGACUGAUAAUAAUAAGAACAUAUAUUGUGCUUGUCUCGAAGGUCUAAAAGUGAUAAGUCAAACACAUGAAAGUUUGGUAUAUGACGUCUCUCUUAAGGAAUUAUUGAAUUUAUUACCAAAUGGAUUUAAUGAUUUAAUUUUACAUCAUAAAGAAGAUGAAAUUAUUCAGAUUGAAGUCAUCUUGAGAGUGAUUUUAGACUUCACUACAUCGAGACAUAUUCUCAUUAAAGAAAGUAUAGUCACCUUAACCCAAAAAUUGGUUGAAAUAUAUUCAAAUGGUAAUAAUGCGGCUAUUGAUUACUGUUUCUUAUUAUUAUCUACUAUCUAUUCUUUGUUUGAAAAUAAUUAUUCUAUACUCGAUGAGAUAAGUAUCGGAGAUAUUAAGAAUCAAACUGAGUCGUCGAUAUUUACCAUUCUAACCAAUAAUAACGAUAAUAAUUCUAUCUUAUUCGAUAAUCAAAAUUUAUCAUUGUUAUCGAAUAUUUUAUAUUUCCGUAAUGUGAAAUAUCAAAAAAACCAGCACGAACUUGAAUUAACUAGAUACACAAAGAUAUUUGUUGAAGACCAUAAAAUUUUGGAAACUCCAAAUCGUUUGGUUAUACCAUAUGUGAAGAUAUUAUCAGCUAUUGAUAAAUCCUGUACCUUCUCAGACGCAUCAGAUAUUAUGGAAAAGACAGUGACUUUGAUUCAUAACAAUAAAACUAACGAUAUGUCGAACUUAGAAAAAAUCGGAUACAUGGAGUUGAUAACUGUGAUUACAAAUAAAUGGUUUAAUGAUGAGUUAGAAAAUACAAUUAUUGAAAAAUACGUUAAUUGGGAGGAUCAAUCUACUAUUAAUUUAGAGAUGAUUGCAUGGAUUGGUAAAGGUUUAAUAACGAAAAAUUCUCCAUGUUCAAAUAUAAUACUAUCUCAUUUCUUAAGCUUAUUAAACGACGAAAAUAUUGGUUUGAUUGUGUCUAAACUCUUUGAAUUGUUUGUAAUGGAUAUUAAUUCUAUGGCGAAGCAUAAAGGAAUAACUUGGACUAAUAAUGUUAAAUUGCUUUAUAAACAAAAGUUUUUCAAUGACGUCUUCCAAAGUCUUGUUACUUCCUAUAAUGAACCAAAUCUAUCCUUAGACAUUAAAUGUAACUAUUUGACUGCGUUGUCUUUGAUCUUGAAACAUACACCUAACAAACUCGUCGAACAAUUUAUGAAUGAUUUACUACCAAUGUUAUUACAAGCUUUAGAAAUGCCAAAUUCGGAAGUUAGAAUUUCUGCCUUAGACACGUUAAAAGAUACCACUGAGAAAUUUGGAUUGCUAAUAACAGAAAAUAUUGAUACGUUAUUACCAAUUCUCUUAAAAUUGGUUGUACCUGGUUCUAAAUAUAAUGAUGUCUCUGUUAGGUUGAUGUCAUUACAAUUAAUUGGUUUAUUGGCAGACAGUGUACCAUUAAACUAUUUGAAACCCUACAAAGAACAGGUUAUCAAUGGUUUAUUGUUAACUUUAUCUGAUAAAAAGAGAAUUGUUCGUAAACAAUGUAUUGAUACAAGGCAACUUUAUUUCGAAUUGGGUCAAGUUCCAUUUGAAUAA